AUGCUUGCUGCGAUCCAGGAACCGCGAGGUCUCUCCAGCGGCGUUCUCCACGUGGCCAAUUUUGAGAUGGUCAGCAUGCUGAGUAAGAACUUCGGGGACGUGGGUGAGCCCAAGGGUGGCAGCACUGCGGGAUCGCAGUUGCUGGAGCAGCUGAAGACGGCUCAGGCGCUGGCCCAGUUGGCCGCCCAGCACACUCAACCCACCAGCAACGCUGCCACCUCCUGGGACAUGGGACCCACAUCUCAGCCCUCAGCACUCAGCCAUUUUGAGUUGAAAAGCCAAGCAGAGCCUGCAGUCCACAGCCCCUUCAGUCAACGGCAAUCCUACUCCAACUCCAGUACGAUGGAAGUCUUCAUCCCCAGCAAGCAGCCAACGGCAGCGCCAAGCUCCCCCCUGCAGAGCAAAGCUGGCACUGCCCAGGUGUCACCCGGAGCCUCGGAGAACCAGUCCUCCAGCCCCCAGCCGACGCAGCAGAAACUGAAGCCACCGAAGAAAAAGGCCUCCAUUGCUUCGAAGAUCCCAUCUUCUGCUGUGGAGAUGCCCGCCUCAGCAGACAUAGCGGGGUUGAACCUCCAGUUCGGGGCGCUGCAGUUUGGCUCCGAGCCCAUGCUCGCAGAAUAUGAAACCACCCCAGUAACCAGCGUGCCAGCGAGCCAGUCCCAGAGCAGCCACUACACCGGUGCUGUCAGCGAGUCAUCAUCGACAAUCCCCUCUAAUCAGAGUCAAGAGUCGGGAUACCAGCCCAGCACGAUCACCACCUCGGCGUUCACGACCCAGAACAGUGCCCCCGGGCCACAGUACGAGCAGAGCUCCAAUCAGCGGGCAGCGUACUCCAACUCCCUCUCUUCCUCUCCUCAGAAGGACCUGACGCAAGCCAAGUGUGCAGCUGCAGCUGGUUCUGCAGUGAAGUCUGACUCGCCCGCGGUCCCCAGCAUGGCUUCACUCUCGAAUGCAGUAUCCGCAUCGUCGCUAUUAACAUCGAACAGCCAGCACCCUGCAGGCCUGGCCAGCCUUAGUCACACUGAGGAGCUGCCAAGCACUACCACCCCACAGCAGAGCAGCACUGCGUCUACCCAACAGAGCAGCAGUCUAUCUUCAUCCUCAGGGCGCUCUUCAACUUCAACCCACUUGCACACAAGUGUGGAAAGUGAAGCGUGUCUCCACACGUCCCCCAGCACUUUCGCCACAGCGGCCAGCACUGUGUCGGUCGCUCCGUCAUCGAGCGUCUCCAACACCCUCGGGAGUGUGAGCAGCCUGAAUCUGAGUCUGGUCAGCAACUCCACUGUGACAGCUGCCUCUCGCAGCACUGUUGCAACCACGUCAGGGAAAGCUCCUCCCAAUCUGCCCCCGGGGGUUCCACCGUUGCUGCCUAACCCAUACAUCGUGGCACCGGGACUGCUCCCCGCAUAUCAGCCUCAGGUGUACGGCUAUGACGAUUUGCAAAUGCUUCAGACAAGGUUUCCUCUGGACUAUUAUGGGAUUCCGUUUGCCGCUCCCACCACCCCAAUCACUGGGAGGGAAGCCAGCCUGACAAAUAAUCCGUACUCUGGAGACCUGACGAAGUUUGGCCGUGGAGACGCCUCCUCUCCUGCCCCAGCCACCACACUGGCGCAGCCUCAGCAGAACCAGACGCAGAGCCACCACACCACGCAGCAGACCUUCCUGAAUCCAGCCUUGCCACCGGGCUACAGCUACACCAGUCUGCCAUACUACGCCGGCGUGCCCGGGCUCCCCAACACCUUCCAGUACGGACCCGCCAUGUUUGCCGUGCCCCCCACAUCGUCGAAGCAACAUGGCGUGAAUGUGAAUGCCCCGGCCACAGCGUUCCAGCAGGCGAGCGGCUACGGAACUCACGGCUACAGCACCGCUGGUGAGUCAACAAGCAAAGCCCAAAGACACCAGAUUUGA